UUUUAUGGGCUGCUGUAGAUACGUCAGGCACUGCGCUGCACCGUGAAGAUGGCGGAGGCUGCGGACACACCACAACACCGGUUUUUCUGUCACUGCUGUAAAUGUGAAACUAACCCCAAACUCCCGGAUUUAGUGUGCUCCACAUGUGACUCGGGCUUCAUCGAGGAGGUGGCAGAAGACUCCAGUCUCCUGCAGGACAGUGCGUCAUCCUCAAGCGAAGUUUCAAACUCCUCGUUGUUCUCAGAGUUAUGGCAGCUGCUGUUUAUGGAGCGCUCGGCUCUGCUGUCAAAUCCGCCCUCUUCAGAGUCAGACCCAGUGGACGGCGACCAUAUAUCUGCAGGUCAGAGCUGUCCGUCUCAAGCUAUGCCCGGUGCUGUUGAGGCCACAGAACAAGAGUUUUCCUCCCCGCCUGAGCAGGAGAGGCCGUCCAGGCCUGAACAGAGGCCUGCAGUGGAAGGGAUCGUGCAGCAGUUCUUGUCUGGCCUGUUUGCCAACAACGGAAACCCGGGUGCUGCACCAGCUGCCCUAUCCAGUAUGCUGCAGUUGUAUGGAAACCCUGGAGAUUAUGCAUGGGGUCAGGGAGGUCUGGAUGCUGUCAUCACAGAGUUAUUAGGACAGUUGGAGAACUCUGGCCCCCCUCCUGCAGAGAAGAACAUGAUCUCAUCCCUGCCAACAGUUUGCAUCUCUCAGGAACAGACAGACUGCAGACUGGAGUGUCCGGUGUGUAGGGAGGAGUACUUAUUGGGGGAAUCUGUCAGGAAGCUUCCCUGCCUCCAUAUCUUCCACAGUGAAUGUAUAGUGCCUUGGCUGGAGCAGCAUGAUACCUGCCCAGUGUGCCGUAAAAGCCUCGACGGUGUCGACAACAGCCUCCCGCCCACAUCAGAACCCCAAGACGCCCGCUUCAUCCGGACAGAGCAACAGGAGAGGCAGGCGAGCUAAGAAAAGGGCCAACACCUCUACCUCCUUCACGCUUUUCAAGAGACACAGAGACUGCUUUUGAAUUAAAUGCAUAUCAUGCAUCAGUUAUCAUUUGCCGCUCUUACUCCAUUCUCUGCUGAGGACCUUUAUGUUUACUCAUCCUGUAUGUUCAUUUUCUAACAAACACAUACAAGCCCCUCGGCACGAUGGAGGUGUAGUGCCCUUCUCGCUACACUGCUUCAAAGGUGGAUGUCUGAAUGACUGUCUUUGGUGUCACUUACUACUCAGCACUGAGCUGCCAGUGGUUUUCUAAAUGAUGGAGAUACACAGUUAUGCAUUAAGGUUCUUGGUAAAGAGAAAUUCUUAAAGCAA